UUGUGCCCUAGAUGUGGUGGCACAGCUGGAGCCAUCCUGACCUGUCCCCUGGAAGUGGUGAAGACACGUCUACAGUCAUCCCAACUGACACUGAGGCCUCUGUGCCUCUCAGAGAUACAGCUGCCAGGGAUGAGUGUGAGGCUGAUGAACCCCACGCCACCAUCUCCUGGAGUGCUCAAGUUGCUGAGGGCCAUCCUUGAGAAGGAAGGCGUGCGAUCCCUGUUCCGAGGUCUGGGUCCAAACCUUGUUGGGGUUGCUCCUUCCCGGGCUAUAUAUUUUGCUGCCUAUUCUGGUGUUAAGGAGAGGCUCAAUUCUGUCCUUGUACCAGAGUCCAAGAAAGUACACAUGCUAUCAGCAGCGUGUGCAGGCAUUACCUCUGCCACACUCACCAACCCUAUCUGGUUAGUGAAAACCAGGAUGCAGUUGGAAGCCAGGGUGAAGGGGGAGAUGGCCAGCAAUGCUCUCCAAUGUGCCAUGCAUGUGUACCGUACUGAAGGCCUUCGUGGAUUUUACCGUGGUAUCACUGCCUCCUAUGCUGGAGUGUCAGAGACCAUCAUACACUUUGUCAUCUAUGAAGCACUGAAACAACAGCUGAGAAACAGCCAUCAUUCCCUUUCCCCCACACUUUCAUCAAACAGCCAUGAUUUCUUUGGACUAAUGGGAGCUGCUGCUGUCUCCAAAACAUGUGCUUCAUGUAUUGCAUAUCCACAUGAGGUCAUUCGGACACGGUUGAGAGAAGAAGGGUCACGAUAUCGUUCCUUUAUACAGACUCUGCAGCUUGUGGUCCAUGAAGAAGGACCCUUGGCUUUAUACCGAGGGCUCCUGGCUCACUUGAUCCGCCAGAUCCCAAACACAGCUAUCAUGAUGGCUACCUAUGAACUCAUCGUACAUUUGGCCUCUUCCACGUUGUAA